GCCGGAGUUACAAGAGCCGCCUCCGCGCGCGGAGGCCCGGCCACUUGGAGCAGCUCCGCCGCGGGGACUGCACCGCCCGCCCUGCCGGACCCGCCCCGACCGCGGCUCGCCGCCCGCAGCAGCCGCAGCACCGAGACCUCGGGCCCCGCGCCGGCUAUGGCUGUGCCCUGGGGCUGAGCGCGCAGGGUGUGUGACUGAGAUUCCCAAGAGAAAGACACACUGAGGAGAGGAGAGGAAGGAGGGGCGGGCUCCUGGCAAGGCAUCCGCUCCUGAACCAAGUCCUGUGAAGAUGGAGAAGGAGGAUGAGAAGACCCGGGAGCUGCUGCUGCCCAACUGGCAGGGCAGCGGCUCCCACGGACUGACCAUCACCCAGAGGGACGACGGCGUCUAUGUGCAGGAGGUGAUGCAGAACUCCCCUGCGGCCCGCACUGGGGUGGUCAAGGAGGGGGACCAGAUUGUGGGUGCCACCAUCUACUUUGACAACCUGCAGUCGGGCGAGGUGACCCAGCUGCUGAACACCAUGGGUCAUCACACUGUGGGCCUGAAGCUGCAUCGCAAGGGGGACCGUUCCCCUGAGCCUGGCCAGACCUGGACCCACGAAGUCUUCAGCUCCCGCAGCUCUGAAGUGGUUCUGAGCGGGGAUGACGAGGAGUACCAGCGCAUCUACACCACGAAGAUCAAGCCUCGGCUGAAGUCAGAGGACGGAGUGGAAGGGGAGCCUGGGGAGACCCAGAGCCGCACCAUCACGGUGACUAGGAGGGUCACGGCCUACACCGUGGAUGUGACGAGCCGCGAAGGAGCCAAGGACAUCGACAUCAGCAGCCCUGAGUUCAAGAUCAAGAUCCCACGGCAUGAACUGACCGAAAUUUCCGCUGUGGAUAUGGAGACCCAGCCUGGGAAGACAGUGAUCAGACUGCCCUCGGGGGCAGCGUCCCCCACCACGGGCUCCACUGUGGACAUCCGAGCGGGGUCCAUUUCUGCUUCGGGACCAGAGCUCCAAAGUGCUGGCCACUCGAAGGUCCAGGUCACCGUGCCUGGGCUAAAGGUGGGAAGCCCGGGCGCCCGUGUCAGUGCAAAGGGCUUGGACUUGGGUAGCAAAGGAGGAGUCCAAGUCCCAGGGGUGGACGUUGCAUCUUCUCUUGGGGGUGGGGCAGUAGAGGGGCAGGGCCCAUCUCUUGAGAGUGGCAAUAAUGGGAAAAUUACAUUUCCCACCAUGAAGGUGCCAAAAUUUGGUGUCUCGGCAGGGUCUGAGUGCCAGGCCCCAGAGGCAGGGUUGAGUGUUUCUGCCCCUGAAUUCUCUGUGGGGCACAAGGGUGGCAAGCCAGGCUUGACCAUUGGUGGGAGGUUACAGACCCCUCAGCUGGAAGUCAAUGCUCCCUCUGCCAAUAUUGAGGGGCUUGAGGGGAAGCUGAAGGGCCCUCAAAUCACUGGGCCAUCCCUUGAGGGUGACCUAGGCCUGAAAGGUGCCAAGCCACAGGGGAAUUUAGGGGUGGACAUCUCUGUGCCCAAAAUCAAGGGUGGCAUCACUGGCUCCAGUGUGGAAGUUCAAGCCCCUGACAUCGGUAUUCAUGGACCGGGGGGCAAACUGAAUGUGCCCACGGUGAAGGCCCCCAAAUUCUCUGUAUCAGGUUCUAAGGGAGAGGGAGCUGGCAUUGAUGUGACACUGCCCACAGGUGAAGUGACUCUUCCUGGGGUCUCUGGGGAUGUUGGCCUGCCUGAGGUUGCUUCUGGAGGGCUGGAAGGGAAGAUGAAGGGUCCUAAAAUCAAGAGUCCUGAAAUGAUUGUUCAGAAACCUAAAAUCUCCAUGCAGGAUGUGGAUCUGAGCCUCAGGUCCCCUAAACUGAAAGGAGACAUUAAGGUUUCUGCUCCUGAAGUUCAAGGUGAUGUUAAAGGCCCUCAAGUGGCAGUUAAAGGCGCCAAAGUGGACAUAGAGACACCCAGCCUAGAGGGGACCAUGACUGGUCCCAAGCUUAGUGGUCCUUCUGGGAAAGCAGGAACCUGCAGUAUCUCUAUGGCAGAUGUAGACUUAAAUCUGGCUGCAACAAAAGUGAAAGGGGGUGCAGAUGUCAUGCUUCCAAAAGUAGAGGGGAAAGUCAGUGGCCCUGAAGUUGAUGUCAAAGGCCCCAAGGUGAGUGUCAGUGCCCCCGACGUGGACGUUCAUGGUCCAGAUUGGACCCUGAAAAUGCCCAAGGUGAAAAUGCCCAAGUUCAGCACCCCAGGAGUCAAAGCAGAAGGGCCAGAUGUAGACGUGAAUCUCCCCAAAGGUGACGUCAGUAUUUCAGGGCCCAAGGUCAAUGUGGAAGCUCCAAAUGUCAACAUAGGGGGCCUGGCGGGCAACCUUAAAGGCCCCGAUGUUCAGCUGCCUGAAGUGAGUGUCAAGACACCAAAGAUCUCCAUGCCUGAUGUGGAUUUGCAUGUGAAAGGCCCAAAGGUAAAAGGAGAGUAUGAUGUAACAGCACCAAAACUUGAAGGAGAGCUGAAAGGCCCCAGAAUGGACAUUGACGCCCCUGAUGUGGACGUUCAUGGCCCGAACUGGCACCUGAAGAUGCCCAAGAUGAAAAUGCCCAAAUUCACUGUGCCAGGGCUCAAAGCAGAGGGCCCUGAAGUGAAUGUAAACCUGCCUAAGCCUGAUGUGGACAUUUCUGGGCCCAAGGUAGAUGUCAGUGCUCCAGAUAUGAGUAUUGAGGGACCAGAGGGGAAAUUGAAAGGAACCAAGUUUAAGAUGCCUGAGAUGAAUAUCAAAGCCCCAAAGAUCUCCAUACCAGAUGUGGACUUACAUUUGAAAGGCCCUAGUGUAAGAGGAGAAUACGAUGUCACAGUGCCAAAGGUUGAAGGUGAGGUUAAAGUUCCUGAUGUUGAACUUAAAAGUGCCAAAGUGGACAUUGAUGCUACAGAUGUGGACAUUCACGGCCCAGACUGGCACCUAAAGAUGCCCAAGGUGAAAAUGCCCAAGUUCGGCAUGCCCGGCUUCAAAGCAGAGGGCCCAGAAGUGGAUGUGAACCUGCCCAAGACUGACAUUGACAUCGCUGGACCCAAGGUGGAUGUUGACGUUCCAGAUGUGAAUAUUGAAGGGCCUGAAGGAAAGCUGAAAGGUCCCAAGUUUAAGAUGCCUGAGAUGAAUAUCAAGGCCCCCAAGAUCUCCAUGCCUGAUGUAGAUUUGCAUAUGAAAGGUCCCAAGGUAAAGGGAGAAUAUGAUGUUACAGUGCCAAAGCUGGAAGGGGACCUGAAGGGGCCGAAAGUUGACAUCAGUGCCCCAGAUGUUGAAGUUCACGGUCCUGAUUGGAACCUAAAGAUGCCCAAGAUGAAAAUGCCCAAGUUCAGCAUGCCCGGCUUCAAAGCAGAGGGCCCAGAAGUGGAUGUGAACCUGCCCAAGACUGACAUUGACAUCGCUGGACCCAAGGUGGAUGUUGACGUUCCAGAUGUGAAUAUUGAAGGGCCUGAAGGAAAAAUGAAAGGUCCCAAGUUUAAGAUGCCUGAGAUGAAUAUCAAGGCCCCCAAGAUCUCCAUGCCUGAUGUAGAUUUGCAUAUGAAAGGUCCCAAGGUAAAGGGAGAAUAUGAUGUUACAGUGCCAAAGCUGGAAGGGGACCUGAAGGGGCCGAAAGUUGACAUCAGUGCCCCAGAUGUUGAAGUUCACGGUCCUGAUUGGAACCUAAAGAUGCCCAAGAUGAAAAUGCCCAAGUUCACCAUGCCCAGCCUUAAAGGAGAGGGCCCAGAAUUGGAUGUGAAUCUGCCCAAGGCUGAUGUCGACAUUUCCAUACCCAAGGUAGAUAUUAGUGCUCCAGAUCUGAGCCUCGAAGGACCAGAAGGGAAGUUGAAAGGCCCCAAGUUUAAGAUGCCUGAGAUGCACUUCAAAGCUCCUAAGAUGACCCUGCCAGAUGUUGACAUGGAUCUUAAAGGACCCAAAAUGAAAGGGAAUCUAGAUGUGUCUGCACCAAAAAUAGAAGGGGCAAUGAAGGCUCCAGAUGUGGACAUCAAAGGCCCCAAAGUGGACGUUAAAGCACCAGAUGUGGAAGUUCAGGGUGCAGACUGGAGUCUGAAGAUGCCCAAGAUGAAAAUGCCCAAGUUCAGCAUGCCUGGCUUCAAAGGAGAGGGCCCUGACGUGGAUGUGAACCUGCCCAAGGCUGACAUGGAUGUCUCAGGACCCAAGGUGGACAUUGAAGGCCCAGAUGUGAGCCUUGAGGGGCCAGAAGGAAAGCUGAGGGGCCCCAAGUUUAAGAUGCCUGAGAUGCACUUCAAGGCCCCCAAGAUCUCCAUGCCUGAUGUGGACUUAAACUUGAAAGGCCCCAAAGUCAAAGGGGAUGUGGAUGUGUCUGUGCCCAAGAUAGAAGGUGAAAUGAAAGUGCCAGAUGUGGACAUCAAAGGCCCCAAAGUGGACGUCGAUGCUCCUGCUGUGGAUGUUCAAGGCCCAGACUGGCACCUGAAGAUGCCCAAGAUGAAAAUGCCCAAGUUCAGCAUGCCUGGCUUCAAAGGAGAGGGCCCUGACGUGGAUGUGAACCUGCCUAAGGCUGACAUGGAUGUCUCAGGACCCAAGGUGGACAUUGAAGCCCCAGAUGUGAGCCUUGAGGGGCCAGAAGGAAAGCUGAGGGGCCCCAAGUUUAAGAUGCCUGAGAUGCACUUCAAGGCCCCCAAGAUCUCCAUGCCUGAUGUGGACUUAAACUUGAAAGGCCCCAAAGUCAAAGGGGAUAUGGAUGUGUCUGUGCCCAAGAUAGAAGGUGAAAUGAAAGUGCCAGAUGUGGACAUCAAAGGCCCCAAAGUGGAUGUUGCUGUCCCAGAUGUGGAUGUUCAAGGCCCAGACUGGCACCUGAAGAUGCCCAAGAUGAAAAUGCCCAAGUUCAGCAUGCCUGGCUUCAAAGGAGAGGGCCCUGACGUGGAUGUGAACCUGCCUAAGGCUGACAUGGAUGUCUCAGGACCCAAGGUGGACAUUGAAGCCCCAGAUGUGAGCCUUGAGGGGCCAGAAGGAAAGCUGAGAGGCCCCAAGUUUAAGAUGCCUGAGAUGCACUUCAAGACCCCCAAGAUCUCCAUGCCUGAUGUGGACUUAAACUUGAAAGGCCCCAAAGUCAAAGGGGAUGUGGAUGUGUCUGUGCCCAAGAUAGAAGGUGAAAUGAAAGUGCCAGAUGUGGACAUCAAAGGCCCCAAAGUGGAUGUUGCUGUCCCAGAUGUGGAUGUUCAAGGCCCAGACUGGCACCUGAAGAUGCCCAAGAUGAAAAUGCCCAAGUUCAGCAUGCCCGGCUUCAAAGGAGAGGGCCCUGACGUGGAUGUGAACCUGCCCAAAGCCGACAUCGAUAUCUCAGGACCCAAGGUGGACAUUGAAGCCCCAGAUGUGAGCCUUGAGGGGCCAGAAGGGAAGCUCAAAGGUCCUAAGUUUAAGAUGCCUGAGAUGCACUUCAGGACUCCAAAGAUCUCCAUGCCUGACAUUGAUUUAAACCUGAAGGGCCCCAAGGCAAAAGGUGAUGUGGAUGUUUCUCUGCCCAAAGUUGAAGGGGAUCUGAAAGGACCAGAGGUUGACAUCAAAGGCCCCAAAGUGGACAUUGAUGUCCCUGAUGUGGAUGUUCAUGGCCCCGACUGGCACCUGAAGAUGCCCAAGAUAAAAAUGCCCAAGAUCAGCAUGCCUGGCUUCAAAGGAGAGGGUCCAGAAGUGGAUGUGAACCUGCCUAAGGCUGACAUUGAUGUCUCAGGACCCAAGGUGGACAUUGAUGUUCCAGAUGUGAAUAUUGAAGGUCCAGAUGCAAAACUAAAAGGUCCUAAAUUUAAGUUGCCAGAAAUGAAUAUAAAGCCUCAGAAGAUAUCCAUGCCAGAUGUCAGUUUGCAUUUGAAAGGCCCUAAAAUGAAAGGAGAUUAUGAUGUUACAGUUCCAAAAGUAGAAGGAGAGAUUAAAGCUCCUGAUGUUGACAUCGAAGGUCCCAAAGUGGACAUUAAUGCACCAGAUGUGGGAGUUCAUGGUCCAGACUGGCACCUGAAGAUGCCCAAAGUGAAAAUGCCCAAGUUCAGCAUGCCUGGCUUCAAAGGAGAGGGUCCAGAAGUGGAUGUGAACCUGCCCAAGGCUGACAUAGAUGUCUCAGGACCCAAGGUGGACAUUGAUGUUCCAGAUGUGAAUAUUGAAGGUCCAGAGGGGAAGCUAAAGAGUCCCAAGUUCAAGAUGCCAAGCAUGCAUAUACAGACACACAAAAUCUCUAUGCCUGAUGUUGGACUUAAUCUGAAAACCCCUAAACUGAAAACUGAUGUCGAUGUUUCUCUUCCCAAAGUGGAAGGAGACUUGAAAGGUCCUGGAAUUGACAUAAAAGUGCCUAAAGUGGAUGUGGAUGUUGGUGACAUAGAUAUUGAAUGUCCAGAAGGCAAACUUAAGGGUCCCAAAUUUAAGAUGCCUGAGAUGCACUUCAAGACCCCCAAGAUCUCCAUGCCUGAUGUGGACUUAAACUUGAAAGGCCCCAAAGUCAAAGGGGAUGUGGAUGUGUCUGUGCCCAAGAUAGAAGGUGAAAUGAAAGUGCCAGAUGUGGACAUCAAAGGCCCCAAAGUGGACGUCGAUGCUCCUGCUGUGGAUGUUCAAGGCCCAGACUGGCACCUGAAGAUGCCCAAGAUGAAAAUGCCCAAGUUCAGCAUGCCUGGCUUCAAAGGAGAGGGCCCCGACGUGGAUGUGAACCUGCCCAAGGCUGACAUGGAUGUCUCUGGCCCCAAGGUGGACAUUGAAGCCCCAGAUGUGAGCCUUGAGGGGCCAGAAGGAAAGCUGAGAGGCCCCAAGUUUAAGAUGCCUGAGAUGCACUUCAAGGCCCCCAAGAUCUCCAUGCCUGAUGUGGACUUAAACUUGAAAGGCCCCAAAGUCAAAGGGGAUAUGGAUGUGUCUGUGCCCAAGAUAGAAGGUGAAAUGAAAGUGCCAGAUGUGGACAUCAAAGGCCCCAAAGUGGAUGUUGAUGUCCCAGAUGUGGAUGUCCGAGGCCCAGACUGGCACCUGAAGAUGCCCAAGAUGAAAAUGCCUAAGUUCAGCAUGCCUGGCUUCAAAGGAGAGGGCCCUGACGUGGAUGUGAACCUGCCCAAGGCUGACGUGGAUGUCUCUGGCCCCAAGGUGGACAUUGAAGCCCCAGAUGUGAGCCUUGAGGGGCCAGAAGGAAAGCUGAGAGGCCCCAAGUUUAAGAUGCCUGAGAUGCACUUCAAGACCCCCAAGAUCUCCAUGCCUGAUGUGGACUUAAACUUGAAAGGCCCCAAAGUCAAAGGGGAUGUGGAUGUGUCUGUGCCCAAGAUAGAAGGUGAAAUGAAAGUGCCAGAUGUGGACAUCAAAGGCCCCAAAGUGGAUGUUGAUGUCCCAGAUGUGGAUGUCCGAGGUCCAGACUGGCACCUGAAGAUGCCCAAGAUGAAAAUGCCCAAGUUCAGCAUGCCUGGCUUCAAAGGAGAGGGCCCUGACGUGGAUGUGAACCUACCAAAGGCUGACAUUAAUGUUUCUGGCCCCAGAGUGGACAUUGACACUCCUGAUUUCGAUAUUGAGGGACCAGAAGGAAAAUUAAAAGGCUCUAAAUUUAAGAUGCCAAAGUUGAAUAUCAAAGCUCCCAAGAUCUCCAUGCCUGAUGUGGACUUGAAUUUGAAGGGACCCAAACUGAAAGGAGAGAUGGAUGCUUCUGUGCCAGAACUAGAAGGUGAUCUCAGAGGUCCGCAAGUUGAUAUCAAAGGUCCCAGUGUCGAUGUGGAUGUGCCUGAUGUUGAUCUGGAAUGUCCUGAUGCAAAGCUGAAAGGACCUAAAUUUAAGAUGCCUGAGAUGCACUUCAAGACCCCCAAGAUCUCCAUGCCAGAUGUGGACUUGCACUUGAAAGGCCCCAAAGUCAAAGGGGAUAUGGAUGUGUCUGUGCAAAAAUUGGAGGGAGAUUUGAAAGGCCCCAGUGUCGAUGUGGAGGUGCCUGAUGUUGAUCUGGAAUGUCCUGAUGCAAAGUUGAAAGGAUCCAAGUUUAAGAUGCCUGAGAUGCAUUUCAAGGCCCCCAAGAUCUCCAUGCCUGAUGUGGACUUAAACUUGAAAGGCCCCAAAGUUAAAGGGGAUGUGAAUGUGUCUGUGCCCAAGAUAGAAGGUGAAAUGAAAGUGCCAGAUGUGGACAUCAAAGGCCCAAAAGUGGAUGUCGAUGCUCCUGCUGUGGAUGUUCAAGGCCCAGACUGGCACCUGAAGAUGCCCAAGAUGAAAAUGCCCAAGUUCAGCAUGCCUGGCUUCAAAGGAGAGGGCCCUGACGUGGAUGUGAACCUGCCCAAGGCUGACAUGGAUGUCUCUGGCCCCAAGGUGGACAUUGAAGCCCCAGAUGUGAGCCUUGAGGGGCCAGAAGGAAAGCUGAGAGGCCCCAAGUUUAAGAUGCCUGAGAUGCACUUCAAGGCCCCCAAGAUCUCCAUGCCUGAUGUGGACUUAAACUUGAAAGGCCCCAAAGUCAAAGGGGAUGUGGAUGUGUCUGUGCCCAAGAUAGAAGGUGAAAUGAAAGUGCCAGAUGUGGACAUCAAAGGCCCCAAAGUGGAUGUUGCUGUCCCAGAUGUGGAUGUCCGAGGUCCAGACUGGCACCUGAAGAUGCCCAAGAUGAAAAUGCCUAAGUUCAGCAUGCCUGGCUUCAAAGGAGAGGGCCCUGACGUGGAUGUGAACCUGCCCAAGGCUGACAUGGAUGUCUCUGGCCCCAAGGUGGACAUUGAAGCCCCAGAUGUGAGCCUUGAGGGGCCAGAAGGAAAGCUGAGAGGCCCCAAGUUUAAGAUGCCUGAGAUGCACUUCAAGACCCCCAAGAUCUCCAUGCCUGAUGUGGACUUAAACUUGAAAGGCCCCAAAGUCAAAGGGGAUGUGGAUGUGUCUGUGCCCAAGAUAGAAGGUGAAAUGAAAGUGCCAGAUGUGGACAUCAAAGGCCCCAAAGUGGACGUCGAUGCUCCUGCUGUGGAUGUUCAAGGCCCAGACUGGCACCUGAAGAUGCCCAAGAUGAAAAUGCCCAAGUUCAGCAUGCCUGGCUUCAAAGGAGAGGGCCCCGACGUGGAUGUGAACCUGCCCAAGGCUGACAUGGAUGUCUCUGGCCCCAAGGUGGACAUUGAAGCCCCAGAUGUGAGCCUUGAGGGGCCAGAAGGAAAGCUGAGAGGCCCCAAGUUUAAGAUGCCUGAGAUGCACUUCAAGGCCCCCAAGAUCUCCAUGCCUGAUGUGGACUUAAACUUGAAAGGCCCCAAAGUCAAAGGGGAUAUGGAUGUGUCUGUGCCCAAGAUAGAAGGUGAAAUGAAAGUGCCAGAUGUGGACAUCAAAGGCCCCAAAGUGGAUGUUGAUGUCCCAGAUGUGGAUGUCCGAGGCCCAGACUGGCACCUGAAGAUGCCCAAGAUGAAAAUGCCUAAGUUCAGCAUGCCUGGCUUCAAAGGAGAGGGCCCUGACGUGGAUGUGAACCUGCCCAAGGCUGACGUGGAUGUCUCUGGCCCCAAGGUGGACAUUGAAGCCCCAGAUGUGAGCCUUGAGGGGCCAGAAGGAAAGCUGAGAGGCCCCAAGUUUAAGAUGCCUGAGAUGCACUUCAAGACCCCCAAGAUCUCCAUGCCUGAUGUGGACUUAAACUUGAAAGGCCCCAAAGUCAAAGGGGAUGUGGAUGUGUCUGUGCCCAAGAUAGAAGGUGAAAUGAAAGUGCCAGAUGUGGACAUCAAAGGCCCCAAAGUGGAUGUUGAUGUCCCAGAUGUGGAUGUCCGAGGUCCAGACUGGCACCUGAAGAUGCCCAAGAUGAAAAUGCCCAAGUUCAGCAUGCCUGGCUUCAAAGGAGAGGGCCCUGACGUGGAUGUGAACCUGCCCAAAGCCGACAUCGAUAUCUCAGGACCCAAGGUGGACAUUGAAGGCCCUGAUGUUAAUACUGAAGGCCCAGAGGGAAAGUUGAAAGGACCUAAGUUCAAGAUGCCGGAGAUGAACAUCAAGGCCCCCAAGAUCUCCAUGCCUGACUUUGAUUUGCACCUGAAAGGUCCUAAGGUGAAAGGAGAUGCGGAUGUUUCUCUGCCUAAGGUGGAAGGUGACCUAAAGGCCCCUGCAGUUGACAUCAAAGGCCCCAAAGUGGACAUUGAUGCCCCAGAUGUGGAUGUUCAAGGCCCCGACUGGCACCUGAAGAUGCCCAAGAUAAAAAUGCCCAAGAUUAGCAAGCCCAGCUUCAAAGGAGAGGGCCCUGACGUGGAUGUGAACCUGCCUAAGGCUGACAUUGAUUUCUUAGGACCCAAGGUGGAUAUUGAAGGCCCUGAUGCUAACAUUGAAGGACCAGAAGGAAAGUUGAAAGGUCCUAAGUUCAAGAUGCCGGAGAUGAACAUCAAGGCCCCUAAGAUCUCCAUGCCUGACUUUGAUUUGCACCUGAAAGGUCCGAAGGUGAAAGGAGAUGUGGAUGUUUCUCUGCCUAAGGUGGAAGGUGACCUAAAGGCCCCUGAGGUUGACAUCAAGGGACCCAAAGUGGACAUCGAUGCUCCAGAUGUGGAUGUUCAAGGCCCAGACUGGCACCUGAAGAUGCCCAAGAUGAAAAUGCCCAAGUUCAGCAUGCCUGGCUUCAAAGGAGAGGGCCCUGACGUGGAUGUGAACCUGCCCAAAGCCGACAUUGAUAUCUCAGGACCCAAGGUGGACAUUGAUGUUCCCGAUAUGGAUAUUGAAGGUCCAGAUGCAAAACUGAAGGGUCCUAAGUUCAAGAUGCCAGAGAUGAACAUCAAAGCCCCCAAGAUCUCCAUGCCUGACAUUGAUCUUAAUCUGAAGGGCCCCAAAGUGAAGGGUGAUGUGGAUGUGUCUUUACCAAAAGUGGAAGGUGAGCUUAAAGUUCCUGAAGUGGAUAUUAAAGGCCCCAGAGUGGACAUUGAUGUCCCAGAUGUGGAUGUUCAAGGCCCAGACUGGCACCUGAAGAUGCCCAAGAUAAAAAUGCCCAAGUUCAGCAUGCCCGGCUUCAAAGGAGAGGGUCCAGAAGUGGAUGUGAACCUGCCCAAGGCUGACAUAGACGUCUCAGGACCCAAGGUGGACAUUGAUGUUCCAGAUGUGAAUAUUGAAGGCCCAGAUGCAAAACUGAAGGGUCCCAAGUUCAAGAUGCCAGAGAUGAAUAUCAAAGCUCCCAAGAUAUCAAUGCCAGAUUUGGACCUUAAUCUUAAAGGCGCUAAAAUGAAAGGGGAAGUGGAUGUUUCACUUCCAAAUGUAGAAGGUGAUUUGAAAGGGCCUUCUGUUGAUAUCAAAGGCCCGAAGGUCGAUGUAGAUGUGCCGGAUAUUGACAUUCAUGGCCCAGAAGGCAAAUUAAAAGGUUCAAAGCUGAAGAUGCCUGAUAUGCAUGUAAACGUGCCCAAGAUCUCCAUGCCAGAAAUUGACCUGAAUUUGAAAGGCCCAAAACUUAAGGGAGAUGUUGAUGUUUCUGGACCCAAAUUGGAAGGUGAUGUUAAAGCUCCCAAGUUGGAAGUAAAGGGCCCAGAAGUGGACAUUUCUGGUCCUAAGCUCAAUAUUGAAGGCAAAUCAAAGAAAUCUCGUUUUAAGCUUCCUAAAUUUAAUUUUUCAGGCUCCAAAGUCCAGACGCCUGAGGUAGAUAUCAAAGUCAAAAAGCCAGAUAUUGAUGUAACAGGUCCAAAAGUUGACAUUAAUGCUCCAGAUAUUGAGGUCCAAGGAAAAGCGAAAGGAUCCAAGUUCAAAAUGCCUUUCCUGAGUAUUUCAUCUCCUAAAGUGUCUAUGCCUGAUGUGGAGCUAAAUCUGAAAGGUCCCAAAAUCAAAGGAGACUUAGAUGUUGCAGGUCCUAAUUUAGAAGGUGAUUUUAAAGGACCCAAAGUGGAUAUCCAGGCACCAGAAGUUCAUCUUGAUGCACCUGAUGUGGAUGUUCACGGUCCAGACUGGAAUUUGAAAAUGCCCAAGAUGAAAAUGCCCAAGUUCAGUGUGCCCAGCUUAAAAGCAGAAGGGCCAGACAUGGCUGUGGAUUUGCCGAAAGGCGAUAUCAACAUAGAGGGUCCCAGAAUGGACAUUGAGGGUCCAGAAGUCAAUGUGGAAGGUCUAGAGGGAGGCUUAAAAGGUCCCAAACUCAAGAUGCCUGACAUGAAUAUCAAAGCUCCCAAGAUCUCCAUGCCUGACAUUGAUUUAAACCUGAAGGGCCCCAAGGUGAAAGGUGAUGUGGAUGUUUCUCUGCCCAAAGUUGAAGGGGAUCUGAAAGGACCAGAGGUUGACAUCAAAGGCCCCAAAGUGGACAUUGAUGUCCCUGAUGUGGAUGUUCAUGGCCCAGACUGGCACCUGAAGAUGCCCAAGGUGAAAAUGCCCAAGUUCAGCAUGCCUGGCUUCAAAGGAGAAGGCCCAGAAGUGGAUGUGAACCUGCCCAAGGCUGACAUUGACGUCUCAGGACCCAAGGUGGACAUUGAUGUUCCGGAUGUGAAUAUUGAAGGUCCAGAUGCAAAACUGAAGGGCCCCAAAUUCAAGAUGCCAGAGAUGAAUAUCAAAGCUCCCAAAAUCUCCAUGCCUGACCUUGACUUUAACCUGAAGGGCCCCAAAGUGAAGGGUGAUGUGGAUGUGUCUUUGCCAAAAGUAGAAGGUGACCUCAAGGCUCCUGAGGUGGACAUCAAGGGCCCCAAAGUGGACAUUGAAACUCCUGAUAUUAACAUUGAAGGCCCAGAGGGGAAAUUGAAGGGGCCCAAAUUCAAGAUGCCGGAUAUGCACCUGAAGGCUCCCAAGAUCUCCAUGCCUGACAUUGAUUUAAACCUGAAGGGGCCCAAGGUGAAGGGUGAUAUAGAUGUUUCCCUUCCCAAGACUGAAGGAGAUCUGAAAGGUCCUGAGAUAGACCUCAAAGGUCCCAAAGUGGACAUCGAUGCACCAGAUGUGGAUGUUCAAGGCCCAGACUGGCACCUGAAGAUGCCCAAGAUAAAAAUGCCCAAGAUCAACAUGCCCGGCUUCAAAGGAGAGGGCCCAGAAGUAGAUGUGAACCUGCCCAAGGCUGACAUUGAUGUGUCAGGACCCAAGGUGGACAUUGAAGGCCCUGAUGUUAAUAUUGAAGGACCUGAGGGAAAGUUAAAAGGUCCUAAGUUCAAGAUGCCAGAGAUGAACAUCAAGGCCCCCAAGAUCUCCAUGCCUGACUUUGAUUUGCACCUGAAAGGUCCUAAGGUGAAAGGAGAUGUGGAUGUUUCUCUGCCUAAGGUGGAAGGUGACCUAAAGGCCCCUGAAGUUGACAUCAAAGGCCCCAAAGUGGAUAUCGAUGUCCCAGAUGUGGACGUGCAUGGCCCCGACUGGCACCUGAAGAUGCCCAAGAUAAAAAUGCCCAAGUUCAGCAUGCCCGGCUUCAAAGGAGAGGGACCAGAGGUAGAUGUGAACCUGCCCAAGGCUGACAUUGAUGUCUCAGGACCCAGGGUGGACAUUGAUGUUCCAGAUGUGAAUAUUGAAGGUCCAGAUGCAAAACUGAAGGGUCCCAAGUUCAAGAUGCCAGAGAUGAACAUCAAAGCCCCCAAGAUCUCCAUGCCUGACUUUGAUUUGCACCUGAAAGGUCCGAAGGUGAAAGGAGAUGUGGAUGUUUCUCUGCCUAAGGUGGAAGGUGACCUAAAGGCCCCUGAAGUUGACAUCAAGGGACCCAAAGUGGACAUCGAUGCUCCAGAUGUGGAUGUUCAAGGCCCCGACUGGCACCUGAAGAUGCCCAAGAUAAAAAUGCCCAAGAUCAGCAUGCCUGGCUUCAAAGGAGAGGGCCCUGACAUGGAUGUGAACCUGCCCAAGGCUGACAUUGAUGUCUCAGGACCCAGCGUGGACAUAGACACUCCUGACAUUGAUCUUCAUGGUCCAGAAGGGAAACUGAAGGGCCCCAAGUUUAAAAUGCCUGACCUACACCUCAAGGCACCCAAGAUCUCCAUGCCUGAGGUUGACCUGAAUCUGAAGGGCCCCAAGGUAAAGGGUGAUGUGGACGUUUCUCUGCCCAAAGUUGAAGGUGACCUCAAGGGCCCGGAAGUUGACAUCAAAGGCCCCAGAGUGGACAUUGAUGUCCCAGAUGUGGAUGUGCAUGGCCCAGACUGGCACCUGAAGAUGCCCAAGGUGAAAAUGCCCAAGUUCAGCAUGCCUGGCUUCAAAGGAGAGGGCCCUGACGUGGAUGUGAACCUGCCCAAGGCUGACAUGGAUGUCUCAGGACCCAAGGUGGACAUUGAUGUUCCGGAUGUGAAUAUUGAAGGUCCGGAUGCAAAACUGAAGGGUCCCAAGUUCAAGAUGCCAGAGCUGAAUAUCAAAGCUCCUAAGAUCUCCAUGCCUGACUUAAACCUGAAAGGACCCAAAGUAAAGGGAGAUAUGGAUGUUACUCUGCCUAAGGUGGAAGGUGACCUAAAGGCCCCUGAGGUUGACAUCAAAGGCCCCAAAGUGGACAUCGAUGUCCCAGAUGUGAAUAUGCAUGGCCCAGACUGGCACCUGAAGAUGCCCAAGAUGAAAAUGCCCAAGUUCAGCAUGCCUGGCUUCAAAGGAGAGGGUCCAGAAGUGGAUGUAAACCUGCCUAAGGCUGACAUUGACGUCUCAGGACCCAAGGUGGACAUUGAUGUUCCAGAUGUGGAUAUUGAAGGUCCAGAUGCAAAACUGAAGGGCCCUAAAUUCAAGAUGCCAGAGAUGAACAUAAAAGCUCCCAAAAUCUCCAUGCCUGACCUUGACUUUAACCUGAAGGGGCCCAAACUGAAGGGUGAUGUGGAUGUGUCUUUGCCAAAAGUAGAAGGUGACCUCAAGACUCCUGAGGUGGACAUCAAGGGUCCCAAAGUGGACAUUGACACUCCUGAUAUCAAUAUUGAAGGUCCAGAAGGAAAACUGAAGGGGCCUAAAUUUAAGAUGCCAGAGAUGAACAUUAAAGCCCCCAAGAUCUCCAUGCCUGACUUUGACUUAAAUCUGAAAGGACCGAAGGUAAAGGGGGAUGUGGACCUUUCACUGCCUAAAGUAGAAGGCAAUCUGAGAGGGCCAGAGGUAGACAUUGAAGGUCCUGAAGGGAAACUCAAAGGACCCAAAUUUAAGAUGCCCGAUGUCCAUUUCAAAACUCCACAAAUCUCCAUGAGUGACAUUGAUUUGAACUUGAAAGGACCUAAGAUAAGAGGAGAUUUGGACACUUCCAUCCCUAAAGUGGAAGGAGAACUGAAAGGCCCGAAAGUAGAUGUUAAAGGCCCUAAGCUGGACAUAGACACUCCUGACAUUGAUCUUCAUGGUCCAGAAGGGAAACUGAAGGGCCCCAAGUUUAAAAUGCCUGACCUACACCUCAAGGCACCCAAGAUCUCCAUGCCUGAGGUUGACCUGAAUCUGAAGGGCCCCAAGGUAAAGGGUGAUGUGGACGUUUCUCUGCCCAAAGUUGAAGGUGACCUCAAGGGCCCGGAAGUUGACAUCAAAGGCCCCAGAGUGGACAUUGAUGUCCCAGAUGUGGAUGUGCAUGGCCCAGACUGGCACCUGAAGAUGCCCAAGGUGAAAAUGCCCAAGUUCAGCAUGCCUGGCUUCAAAGGAGAGGGCCCUGACGUGGAUGUGAACCUGCCCAAGGCUGACAUGGAUGUCUCAGGACCCAAGGUGGACAUUGAUGUUCCAGAUGUGAAUAUUGAAGGUCCAGAUGCAAAACUGAAGGGUCCCAAGUUCAAGAUGCCAGAGCUGAAUAUCAAAGCUCCUAAGAUCUCCAUGCCUGACAUUGACUUAAACCUGAAAGGACCCAAAGUAAAGGGAGAUAUGGAUGUUACUCUGCCUAAGGUGGAAGGUGACCUCGAGGGCCCGGAAGUUGACAUCAAGGGCCCCAAAGUGGACAUUGAUGUUCCAGAUGUGGAUGUGCAUGGCCCAGACUGGCACCUGAAGAUGCCCAAGGUGAAAAUGCCCAAGUUCAGUAUGCCCGGCUUCAAAGGAGAAGGCCCAGAAGUGGAUGUGAACCUGCCCAAGGCUGACAUUGACGUCUCAGGACCCAAGGUGGACCUUGAUGUUCCAGAUGUGAAUAUUGAAGGUCCAGAUGCAAAACUGAAGGGUCCCAAGUUCAAGAUGCCAGAGCUGAAUAUCAAAGCUCCCAAAAUCUCCAUGCCUGAUGUUGACCUGGAUUUGAAAGGAUCCACAGGCAAAGGAGAUUUUGAUGUGUCUGUCCCUAAGAUUGAAGGGACUUUCAAAGGCCCAGAAGUAGAUCUUAAAGGUCCAGGUCUGGAUUUUGAAGGCCCUGACGCCAAACUCGGUGGCCCACAUUUGAAGAUGCCAUCACUGGAUAUAUCUGCCCCUAAAGUAGCUGCUCCUGAUAUUGAUCUGCAUCUCAAGGCACCCAAAAUUGGAGUUUCUGGUCCCAAAUUAGAAGGCGGUGAGCUGGACCUGAAGGGGCCCAAAGUUGAUUUAGAAGCUCCAAGCUUAGAUGUACAAGUGGAGAGCCCAGAUAUUAACAUUGAGGGGCCAGAUGUAAAAAUUCCCAAAUUUAAGAAGCCCAAGUUUGGGUUUGGGGCAAAAAGCCCCAAAGCUGACUUCAAAUCACCUUCACUUGAUGUGACAGUUCCUGAGGCAGAGAUGAAUGUUGAGACUCCUGAAAUUAGUGUUGGUGGCAAGGGCAAGAAAAGUAAGUUUAAAAUGCCUAAAAUUCACAUGAGUGGUCCUAAAAUUAAGGGCAAAAAACAAGGAUUUGAUUUGAAUGCCCCUGGGGGUGAAAUUGAUGCCAGUCUCAAGUCUCCUGAUGUAGAUGUCAGUGUUGGGGGGCCGGAUGCUGCACUCAAAGUUGACGUGAAAUCUCCGAAGACCAAGAAACCUAUGUUUGGAAAGAUGUACUUCCCAGAUGUAGAAUUUGACAUUAAAUCACCUAAAUUUAAAGCUGAGGCUUCCCUCCCUAGCCCCAAAAUGGGAGGUGAAAUCCAGGCACCUGAUCUGGAUGUUUCUUCACCAGGGAUUAAUGUGGAAGGUCCUGACAUCAAGCUGAAGGCUCCCAAGGUCAAGGUGCCAGGUGUGGAUGUCUCAGGGCCAAAAAUAGAAGGCAACUUGAAAGGCCCUAGGGUGCAGGCAAACCUGGAUGCACCUGACAUCAACAUUGAAGGCACAGAUGCUAAAGUCAAAGCACCAUCAUUUGGCAUAUCUGCCCCUCAAGUCUCCAUCCCUGAUGUGAAUUUUAGCUUGAAGGGACCAAAGAUAAAGGAUGAUGUCCCCAGUGUGGGACUGGAAGGACCAGACGUAGAUCUGCAAGGUCCAGAAUCGAAAAUUAAGUUCCCCAAGUUUUCGAUGCCCAAGAUCGGCAUCCCUGGUGUAAAAAUGGAGAGUGGGGGAGCUGAGGUUCAGCUGCCCUCUCUUGAAGGAGGCUUGAGCGCACCAGAUGUUAAACUUGAAGGGCCCGAUGUGUCUCUGAAGGGGCCAAAAGUAGACUUGCCUUCAGUGAACCUCUCUGCGCCAAAAGUCUCUGGACCUGACCUUGACCUGAACUUGAAAGGACCAAGUUUGAAGGGAGACCUGGAUGUAUCUGUUCCCAGCAUGAAGGUGCAUGCUCCUGGGCUUGACCUCAGAGGUGUCGGUGGAAAGGUGAAGGUAGAAGGUGAUGGUGUGAAAGUGCCUGGAAUUGAUGCCACAGCAAAGCUUGAUGUCGGUGCACCAGAUGUGACCCUGAAGGGACCAAGCCUGCAGGGAGACCUGGCCGUCUCUGGUGACAUCAAGUGUCCUAAAGUAUCAGUAGGUGCUCCUGAUCUAAGCUUGGAGGCACCUGAAGGUGGUAUUAAACUUCCCAAGAUGAAGCUGCCCCAGUUUGGCAUCUCAGCUCCAGGGUCUGACUUGGACAUCAACGUCAAGGGGCCACAAGUUUCUGGAGAACUAAAGGGGCCCAGCAUGGACAUGAACCUUGGAGGCCUGAACCUGAAAGGGCCCCAGAUCUCUGGUCCUCAAAUCUCGGCACCAGACGUGGACUUGAACUUGGAAGGACCAAAAGUAAAAGGCAGCCUCGGGGCCAGUGGUGAGAUGAAAGGCCCCACGGUUGGAGGCAGUCUUCCGGGCAUCAGUGUCCAAGGCCUAGAAGGAAACCUCCAAAUACCUGGAGUUAAGUCAUCCGGAUGUGAUGUGGAGCUGCCAGGUGUGAAUGUGAAACUCCCAACCGGGCAGAUUUCUGGUCCUGAAAUCAAAGGUGAUCUGAAAGGUUCAGGAAUAGGUUUCCACGGGGCUGCUCCUGACAUUGGUGUGAAAGGGCCUUCAUUUAAUGUGGCACCUCCUGAGUCAGAUUUUGGUGUCAGCUUGAAGGGUCCGAAAAUCAAAGGAGGUGUGGACGUUUCAGGGGGUGUCAGUGCCCCAGAUAUCAGCCUGGGUGAGGGGCAUGUGAGCCUCAAAGGUUCCGGAGGGGAGUGGAAGGGACCCCAGGUCUCCUCUGCUCUCAACUUGGAUGCACCUAGGUUUGCUGGAGGACUUCAUUUCUCAGGACCAAAGGUAGAAGGAGGUGUCAAAGGAGGCCAGAUUGGACUUCAGGGUCCUGGGCUGAGUGUGUCUGGGCCUCAAGGUCACUUGGAAAGCGGAUCUGGAAAAGUAACAUUCCCCAAGAUGAAGAUCCCCAAGUUCACCUUCUCUGGCCGUGAGCUGGUCGGCAGAGAAGUGGGGGUGGAUAUUAACUUCCCUACAGCAGAGGCCAGUGUCCAGUCUGGUGCCGGAGAGGGCGAGUGGGAAGAGUCCGAUGUAAAACUUAAAAAGUCCAAAAUCAAAAUGCCUAAGUUCAACUUUUCCAAACCUAAAGGGAAAGCUGGUGUCACUGGCUCACCAGAAGCAUCCAUUUCGGGGUCCAAAGGUGACCUGAAGAGCUCCAAGGCCAGCCUAGGCUCUCUGGAAGGAGAGGCAGAGGUCGAAACCUCUUCGCCCAAAGGCAAAUUCUCCUUAUUCAAAAGCAAGAAGCCACAGCACCGCUCAAAUUCCUUCAGUGAUGAAAGGGAGCACUCUGCACCUUCCACCCCGCCGGGAACUUUGGAGUUCGAAGGUGGGGAAGUGUCGCUGGAAGGCGGGAAAGUCAAAGGGAAACAUGGGAAGCUGAAAUUUGGUACCUUUGGUGGAUUGGGGUCAAAGAGCAAAGGUCAUUAUGAGGUGACUGGGAGCGAUGACGAGGCAGGCAAGUUACAGGGGAGUGGCGUGUCCUUGGCCUCUAAGAAGUCCCGACUGUCAUCUUCUUCUAGCAAUGACAGUGGGACUAAGGUUGGCAUCCAGCUUCCCGAGGUGGAGCUGACAGUUUCCGCAAAGAAAGAGUAGCAGGCCUCUGUGUGUGUGUACAUAUAUGUAUAAAAAUCCAUCAGCCUUGGGUGUGUUUGUAUAUAAAUUGCAAAGAGAAACACGCCGACAGCCUCAGCAAUAAUGCAAACAUCUGGCCUUUGCCAGGGGCAAGCGCUGAAAAACCAACCGCCUUUAGGCUCCUCCUGGAGCUUUACAGAUAGGUAAAGAGUUCCAAGUUCUUCAUCCAGCCCACGUGCAAAAUCAACAGUAUUUACCGUAAGGUUUCAGUUUUCUUUUUUGCAUUGAACGCUGAGAGCUCCUGUUUACUAAGCAAGCUUUUGUGUUUAUUAUUUUCAUUUUUACUGAAUAUUGUUAGUGUUGGGGUCAUGGAAACCCACUUUUUCAUUGUAAUGACUUUUGGGGCUUUUGUUAGUAAGGGUGGGGUGGGGUAGAAGGCAGUAGAGGGGGGCCAGACCUUCAUUUCUCCUACAAUUGGAUCUACUUAAACAGCAAACACCCAAAGAUGACUGAGAGGAGCCACCAGGCAGGGCGUGUGGGUGUUCCUAGAACCUUUCAGCAUUGCUUUUCUUCCCCCAGGGGUGGCGGUCCCAGCCUGUUUGGUGCUCACAGUGAGAGGGAAUUUAGAAUCUGUUUGCAGAUUAGCCAACCCCCCAGCUCAACACGAGGGCCUUCCAUUCUGUGUGUUGUAAGAGAAAUGUUUUCUUUGUGAUUGCCACGUUCCUGAUAUUAGUUCUGAUUUCUUUUAACAAACGUUAUCAUGAUUAAGAAAAUUUCCAGCACUUUAAUGGCAAAUUAAUUGAGAAUGUAAGAAAAUUGAUGCUGUCAAGGGCAAAUAAAGCUGUUUAUUAACCCGGA